AAGAUUUAGAAAACUGGUAACCGUAGGUCAAUUUGUUCGUGUACGUCGUUCGACAAAACCCUAACCCUUCGUCGUUGUCGUGUUGAUUCUUCAUCUCUGUUCACGAGUCAAGACUUGAAUCUCGUCGCUCGUGGAAAUGGCGGAUUCUCCACUAAGAAGGAAUUCAAGGUCCCCUUCUCCAUACAGAGCUCAAUCAUUGUCAAGAUCCAGGUCAAGAUCUAGAUCUAGGCCUAUGUCUAGGUCUCGAUCUCGGUCAAGGUCUUUUGAAAAGCAAAGGCCUAGAUCCCGUUCGAGAAGCCGGGGCAGAUCAAGAUCUAGAAGUCCUGAAAGGUCUGAGACUAAAAAUCCUGGGUUUACACUUUAUGUGACUGGCCUAUCUUCAAGGGUCACUGAGAGAGACCUAGAGGAGCAUUUCUCUAAGGAGGGAAAAGUUGCUUCAUGUUUUCUGGUGAUGGAGCCUCGUACACGUAUUUCUCGUGGUUUUGCUUUUAUUACAAUGGAUUCUGUUGAGGAUGCAAACCGCUGUAUCAAGUAUCUCAAUCAAUCAGUUCUGGAGGGUCGCUAUAUCACUGUUGAGCGGUCACGAAGAAAGCGGCCAAGAACUCCUACACCUGGACACUAUCUUGGGCUGAAAAGUACUAGAGACUAUGGACAUCGUGGUGACCGUGGAAGGUAUCGAGGUGGAUCUAGUCGUGAUGAUUAUCCAUAUAGUAGGUCUCCAAGGCGCUCUUCAUAUCGAGGUGGCAGGGAUUAUUCACCUAGGCACUCGCCCUAUGGUGGAAGAUCUAGGAGGGAUAGGUCUUAUUCGCCAUAUGGUAGCCCAGAUAGAAGGUAUGCUCGUGGAUCUAGGUGAUGUUUUUUGUUAGCUUGUUUCAAUCUUUUGAAGUUUGAAGACGGACAGCAAAGAUUUGUGCAGCUGUUUAUGCUACCCUGACUAACAGUUUGUGCCUUCAUGCGAUGUAUGCAUGAUUUGGAAGUAGUUGCUUGCUGUUGUUUAUGCAUCUUUAUCAUGUACUUGUCAGCUAAAACAGUUGUUUAUGCAUACGGAAUGGAACUUCUGCAUUUGAAACUGGUCAUGUAUGCGCGUAUGUCCCAAAUAUUUGUUAUUUG